CAAAAUCGGCAACUUAACCUCAUCUAAUCGUUUUUCGCAUCUUGGUCGAUUUAAUUUUGUUUUCAUUUCUAAAAAUCAAAGUAUUUUAUAAAAUAUCCCAAGAAAAUGGUCAAACUAACUCCUGAACUGAUCAAUCAAUCGAUGCAGUUCAUAAACCCGUGUCGGGAACGUGAACUAGAUUUGCGUGGCUACAAAAUACCUCAAAUCGAAAAUAUGGGUGCUACUCUUGACCAGUUCGACACAAUUGACCUGUCCGACAAUGAUUUGCGUAAACUGGACGGUUUUCCAUAUCUCCCUCGAUUGAAGUGUCUUCUACUAAACAACAACCGCUUAGUGAGAAUAGACGACUUCGUCCACGAGUCACUUCCAAAUCUCAACACAGUCAUCAUGACGGGAAACAAUAUACAGGAGUUCAGCGAUCUGGAUCCAUUGACACACUUUAAGCAACUGCAAACGCUUUGCCUGUUGGUCAAUCCAGUUUCGACCAAACCCUACUACAGAGAAUACAUUGCCUAUAAAUUCCCAAAUUUGCGUCUUCUGGACUUCAGGAAAAUCAAAUUAAACGACAGAAAGAAUGCCCAAGAGUUCUUCCGCACUAAAGCAGGCAAGGACAUUCUCAAGGAAGUCGCGAAAAAAGCUAAAAUGAACAAUGCCGCCAUGGCUGAGGGAAAAAUCGGGAUGGGAGCAACUGGAGGCACAAUUGCCAAUCAAGCAGACAUUCAGCGUAUCCGAGAAGCGAUAAGAAACGCCAACUCCCUGCAAGAAGUCGAACGUUUGACGAGAAUUCUACAAUCCGGCCAUCUGCCGGAGAACUUCUCGUUGGACAAUGGACGAGGAGAAGCCAUGGAAAUGUAGUUCGAUCAUAAAAAAACGUAUGAAGUCAAUAAAAAGAAAAUUCCACAAAAUA